AUGCAGGAAGCUCCAUGCUCUUUGAUGAACGAAGAGCGACAGUAUGACACUGGGAAUUCUCUCCCGGUCUUCGAGCAGCCAGACCUCCCACAAGGCGAAGAUUCGCUGUUCAUCCCCGAGACGCCCGUCACUUCCACCGAGUCGGUGGCUCCGCAGUCAACAGAUAUUGCAAUGCCGCCGCCGAAUAAGCAGUCAAGCCUCCCAGGCCAGACUCCCGCCCUAUUCAGGUUUGAGUGGAUGCGGCAGGUAUAUCGGGCCUCCAACACUGCAAAGGGAUCUGGGAAUACCAAAAGCUUGCCCGGCCGCCCGAUUCCCGUACAUGCUCAAUUGGACAAUUUGCCGCAAAACAGAUCGGCGUCAUUGGUUCACCAGCCCGCAGCAGCUGAUAACGAGGAAAAAGAGCACACGAGGGCUCUUCAGAGUUUUGAAAAGACUAAAGGGCACUACGAGGCUCUGAAACUUCAAAAUGGCGGCAAAUUAUCUUUCAGACACGAGCUCGAAUGGAGGAGGAUCGCAGAAGCUGAACAGAUCCGCCUCAAGAAAAGACAGCGCGAUCUCCAGAUAAUGAAGGAAGAGAGAGGCGGGAGUGUUGAUUCGAGCUUAUUCCCCAAUGCAGUCUUACUAGACGAGGAAGGUGACGGUUUCUACAAGGACAACAUUCAAGGCUCCGGUACAAGCUCGACGCAAUCGCGCAAACCAGAUUUGCCAUAUAAGCAGCCCAAAAGGUUGAGCCUAGCAGAAGCAGAGUACAAGUCCAUGCUGGAAGGUGUCGAGGCAUGGAAUGAUAUACCACCGAGCAAAAAGUCUAAGAGAAAUCAGCCAUCUGAGGAGGAGGACGGUGGCGGCAGUUCACAAGCACAGUCCAGGUCUAAGAAGCCGAGGGGGAAAGCAUCCCACACCACUCGACCUGAACCUGCAGCUAAUAAGAAACCGACAAAGCGCACCCGUCAAUCAGCCAAGCAGAAACGUGAGAAAGAGCGCCAAGUGAAAACUGUGCGAAGUCUUUACAUGAGCGAUGUCUUCAAGGAUCAGGCAGCCGAAGAUGCCCCUGAUCAACCGACUUUCACAUCGAGGACGAAGAUGGAGGCAUUGAAACAACUUGUAGCCAGUGCCACUCCAGAAAAUCAGAAGCAAGCCAGCGCAGAUAUAAAAGUUCUUUUAAACGCAACGAAAGACUUCGACGGUCGUGGAAGCGUCAAAGCUGAUGGUAACGGCCUUUGGACUGUCAAAGGAAUGAAGACGGCUUUGAAACCCUACCAGGUGCUUGGAACAGCAUUCAUGCGGCGACGUGAAAGAGCAUCUGAGGAGCCUCGUGGCGGUCUCAUGGCGGAUCAGAUGGGUUUAGGUAAAACGCUCAUGAUGCUAGCCAACAUUGUGAACGGCAGGCCGCCUCUUGGCGAAAUCAAAACCACAUUGCUGGUUGCCUCACCCAGCCUCCUCACUCAGUGGGAGCGCGAAAUUGAGACGCAUACUAAUUGUGGUCUGAAAAUUAUGAGGUACGGUACUGGGACUCGUUUGGCUAGCAACGCUAGUGCUCAAGUUCUCGCACAUUUCGACAUCGUCACCACCACUUACGGUGAAAUCUUGCGCUCUUAUCCGAAGAACAAUCCUCCCAUCGAAUUACAGACAGCGGAAGACAAGAUAAGUUGGUGGAAGGAGCAAUGGGAUAAGAAUCGGGGCCUUUUACAUCGGGUGAAGUUCUAUCGUAUAGUGCUUGAUGAGGCUCAGGCGAUCAAGAAUCACUCCAGCAGGACUUCCAUCGCGUGCAGGGCACUCAUGGCAGAUCAUCGAUGGGCAUUGAGCGGCACUCCUGUGUUAAACGGCCUGGCGGAAUUAUACCCGUACUUCAAGUUCCUGCAGGUGCCACAUACUGGAAGCCUAAAAAUAUUCAAGAACAAUUACUGCGACACAAACAACCCUGAGAACGCUGAGCGGCUGCUCCUUCGCCUGAACCAAUUUAUGAUUAGAAGGACACACCAAGAUGUAAUGUUCGGUGCCCCUAUUCUGAAGCUUCCCAAGGCGGAGCAGGCGACUCAUUGGUGUGACUUCAAUAUCGUUGAACGGAAGAUCUAUGACAUCGUCAAGACACGAUUCAGCGAGAAACUGAACGGUUUGGUCAAAUCAGGAGACUUCAAUAAGUCUUACAGUAAUGCCAUGGUAAUGCUUUUGAGAUUACGUCAACUGACCGCGCACGUUCUAAUGCUACAAUUCGUGAUGAGGGACCUGCUGGAGCUCGAAGAUAUCGAAGGAAUACGCCAAGUUGUCGAAGACUUUUCAAAAAAUGGAGAGACUAGCCACACCAUUAUUGCCAUAAGGAAGCAACUUGACGAUUUGAACGAGAGCAAAAACGGAAUCAUUGAGGGAUCCAGCCAGGAUGGAGUCGAGGAUUUUAGCCCCGAUCGAGACGAUUACGGAAACAAUCCCAACCUGAUUACCUCAGGAAAGGCUUUUGGUAAGCGGUACGACUUUAAGCCUUACCUCGACAGUUUGACAACUGGUGAAAGCUACGAAAAGGCUAAGAAAAGAGCCAAAUGCCACAUUUGUCACGAAAACCGAAACAAACUUUGGCUCACGAGUUGCAAUCACUUCCACUGCGAAGAGUGCUAUAAGAAAGCAGCUGAGGGUGGAGAUGAUGUAAGAAUCACUUGCGGAGUGGAAGGCUGCAACCAAGCUUUUACCCACGCCCGGGAGUGCGAUGGAAAUGGUGACCGCGUGGAUGACCAUCAGCGUGAAACAAGGUCCGCGAGGAAGAGCAAAGAGCGUACUCGAAUGGACAAAGAGGACCUAAAGGAUGAUUGGCUGUCUUUCAGUGGUCAAAGUGUCCUCCCCUCUGCCAAAACCCUCGCAAUCAAGGCACAGAUACUCAACUGGAUUACCGAAAAGCCGGACAUGAAGAUCAUUGUCUAUACUCAAUUUCUGCCGAUGAUCCGCAUUUUGGCCAGGAUGUGUAGGGAAGAAGGAUGGCUUGCUGAACAGUACCACGGCAAGCUCUCCUUCCCUGCCCGCGACAAAGCUAUCGCCAGAUUUGCCGAUGACCCUGAAGUGAGGGUCCUGUUGGCAUCUCUUCGCUGUGGAGGAUUGGGCCUCAACCUCACUAUGGCCUCUCGGGUCAUCAUGGUCGAUCCAUGGUGGAAUUCGGCAGCAGAACAGCAAGCCUUUUGUCGAGUGUUCCGUAUUGGUCAAGCUAAUCCCACCUUCAUGACCCGGUUCUGCGUGAGAAACACUGUCGAUGAGCGGAUCAUCAGUAUGCAAGAACGUAAGCAAGCGGAGAUUGAUGAAAUUAUGGAGGACGAUGGCACGCGAACCAAGCGGCUCAAACUACGUGACAUUAUGCGCCUGUUUGGGCCCGUCAGCGAGGAUUCCGAGGGCAGACCGUUCAUUCUUGUCCAUAAUUCAAAUCCAGCUGGGGGGUUCCACGCUGAUGAGGAUCACGAGGGUUACGCAGACGAGGAGUAGGAAGGCGGACUGAAGGCUGUCGGGCAAAACCGCUCGGUGAAUUCCAAGGUAUCUUUUCUUAUUUGUGUGCAAUAUCUCGGAUCUGCUUUAGUUCUCGGGGGGGUGCCAAAGGGAUGGUUUCGGUUCUAUGAAAUAUGCGGCAAUUUGGCUAGGUUGCCGCCUCCACAUCAAUCUCGGGGCUUCUACUUUCAGGUUUGAGUUCGAC